AUGGAGUUCGGGCUGCUCAGCGAGGCAGAGGCUCGGAGCCCUGCCCUGUCCCUGUCAGAUGCAGGCACUCCACACGCUACGCUCCCGGAACACGGCUGCAAGGGUCAGGAGCACAGUGACUCGGAGAAGGCCUCGGCCUCACUGCCGGGGGGCUCCCCCGAAGACGGUUCUCUGAAGAAGAAGCAGCGGCGGCAGCGUACGCACUUCACUAGCCAGCAGCUGCAGGAGCUGGAGGCCACCUUCCAGAGGAAUCGCUACCCCGACAUGAGCACGCGCGAAGAGAUCGCCGUGUGGACCAACCUCACCGAGGCCCGCGUGCGGGUGUGGUUCAAGAACAGACGCGCCAAGUGGCGGAAGCGAGAGCGCAGCCAGCAGGCGGAGCUGUGCAAAGGUGGCUUCACAGCCCCGCUCGGGGGCCUGGUGCCGCCCUACGAGGAGGUGUACCCCGGCUACUCGUAUGGCAACUGGCCGCCCAAGGCACUUGCCCCGCCGCUCGCCGCCAAGACCUUCCCGUUCGCCUUCAACUCGGUCAACGUGGGGCCUCUGGCCUCGCAGCCUGUGUUCUCACCACCCAGCUCCAUUGCCGCCUCCAUGGUGCCCUCGGCCGCCGCUGCUCCGGGCACAGUACCAGGUCCCGGAGCCUUGCAGGGCCUGGGAGGGGCACCCCCGGGGUUGGCUCCAGCGGCCGUGUCCUCCGGGGCAGUGUCCUGCCCUUACGCCUCGGCAGCAGCAGCCGCCGCUGCAGCCGCCUCCUCCCCCUAUGUAUAUCGGGACCCGUGUAACUCGAGCCUGGCUAGCUUACGGCUCAAAGCCAAACAGCACGCCUCUUUCAGCUACCCCGCCGUGCCCGGGCCGCCUCCUGCCGCCAACCUCAGCCCCUGCCAGUACGCCGUGGAACGCCCAGUGUGA